AGCAGCUGAAUGGCUGCUGAGCUGUCAGGUAGCACGUCUUGAGGACGCAUGUCAACUUCCUUUAAUGUUCUCAGCUACUUGUGGAACAUGAAAGGAGGGAAGGUAAGAGGAGGAGGUGCAGAGGGGGGUGUCUAGGGGGUAUAUAAGACACCCCUGGAGAUGUGGGCCAAAAUUGUUAUUGCGCUCGGGGGCCGACAUGCGCUCAUUGCGAGCCUCCCCGCUGUUGCCGGUCCUCCUCCUCCUCCUCCAGCAGCACCAGCCGACCCGGGCAGUCUACCUGCAGCACGCCCGCCACGGAGCUGGGCUGCGCGUGGUACGGGAGCGCGGAGGAGCCGCCACCGCCGGAGUAAGCGGAACAUCGGGAGCGCAUCACCUGCCCACCUACAUGGUGCACCUCUACCGCAACUUCAAGGCCAACGCGACGGAUGCGGCGGAGCAAGAUGCGGAGAAGCGCGCGGACAUAGUGAGGAGUUUGAUGGCGAAAGGGUUGGUGUGCAGACACGGACAGUGGGCGGUCACAUUUGACCUCCGCGACCUGCUGCCCGACAAGCAGAUCCAGGCGGCCGAGCUGAGAAUCCGGCUCCCCCCGGGCGCCCCCGACACACAGGUGGCCGUGUACCACCAGCGCGGCCCCGCGUGCCACCCGGCCGCGGGCGUCUGCCGUCGAGAGCCGCAGCGGGUGGGGCUCUUGGGCCCGUCCUCCCUGCUCUCCUCCUCCGGCGGCUGGAGGGUCUUCAACAUGACGGGGCCCCUGCUUGCCUGGCUGCGGCAGAAAUCCCCCGUUGGGGUUCGGACCCGCAAACGGGCAAGAAGCGAGGCAGAGACGGCGCCACCUGAGCUCGCCCAACGAGCCUUGUUGGUGAUCUUCUCACACACGGGCUCCGACGGAAACGCCAAAGCCAGCUUGCUUCACACGGCCCGGCGCUCCAAAUUUUUGAGUCCGGCCGAGGUUGGGCGGCCAAAGAGGGGCAGGAGCAAGCGGGGUCACGGCAAGCGGACGAGCGGCGCCCCCGGACGGGGGCCCGACGAUGGCCUGUGCCGCAGAGUGGAUCUGCACGUGGAUUUUAAUGACAUCGGCUGGGGGUCCUGGAUCAUCUUCCCCAAAAGGUACAACGCUUACCGCUGUGAGGGUUCCUGCCCGGGACCCUUGGGCGCCCACCUCAACCCGACCAAUCACGCCUACAUGCAGAGCUUACUCAAACAUUACCACCCCAGCCGAGUGGUCCCGCCAUGCUGCGCCCCCACCAAGAUGAGCCCACUGAGCAUGCUCUAUUACGAGAACGGCGAGAUGCUCCUCCGGCAUCAUGAGGACAUGAUGGUGGACGAGUGCGGCUGCCAGUGAGCGCCGAGGAAACAGACCUAAAAAAAAAAAAAACACUUAAAAGCGAAAAAGGGGGCCCUCUUUU